AUGCUCAUUGAACUCUUCUCACACAGCGCUCCACCUGAGGAUCCCUACUAUGUACCUGCAAAUGAAUCAUUUGCAACGACGGCGCUCACACCGCACUUCUCCACAACGAGCGUAUGGUCGAUACGGGUGCAGUUGAUCCCGACGAUGGGAAUCUACCAUUUCAACGGUGUCGCCUUGUUUCUGUUGCCGGUGCUUUGUCUGAUUGGGUUGAUCGGCAACUUUUUGGUGUGUGUGGCAAUUGCGACGGAUCGAAGGUUACACAAUGUCACCAACUACUUUUUAUUCUCAUUGGCUCUGGCUGAUCUUCUGGUUUGUUGUAUUGUGAUGCCAUUGAGUAUAGUGGUCGAGGUUCGGCACGGGGUGUGGACAUGGAGCGUGUCGAUGUGCCUUUUGUACGUCUACUCGGACGUAUUUCUGUGCUCGGCGAGCAUUGUCCACAUGUCCGUCAUCUCGCUGGACCGAUAUCUCGGUAUCUCUCAACCACUUCGCACCCGCAACAGAUCAAAAACACUGAUAUUUAUCAAAAUUGCCAUCGUGUGGGUUGUCACUCUACUUGUCUCCUGUCCGAUUGCCGUGCUGGCGAUGCAUGACACGGCAAACAUUUUGCGAAACAAUCAGUGUAUGAUCUUCAGCAGAUAUUAUAUUAUCUACGGGUCAACCAUGACUUUCCUCAUACCGUUGUGCAUUAUGGGGGUCACUUAUGCAAAGACAACACAGUUGUUGAACAAGCAAGCUUCAAUACUAAGUCAAAAGGCAGGUGAUAAAUUCAAUGGGAAUGGUCUUCGAAGAACCAUGCCUCAUAGGAAACUGGGUUAUGCUAGAACCUACUCUGCAACUGUCAAUGGUACCAUUGCAAACGGAAAAGCCAUUGGAGCACAUGGCAGGACUAUGUCGAGCAUUUCCAACAUUGCGAACGGAGAGACUGCUGAUCGCUUGGGUACAAGCCGUCCAUCAAUCAACACCAACGGUCACAAGCAGCUGCAAAAAGCGUCGACAAUUAACAAGUGGAAGUCGAGGACCUCCAAUUUGGUAACCAACUUUGCUAAUAAAGUCGGUCGCCGUAGCUCUCUUCAGACCGCAACUCAAGAUCUUGCAAAUGAGCACAAGGCGACCCGUGUGCUCGCAGUCGUGUUUGCGUGCUUUUUCAUUUGCUGGACACCAUUCUUCUUCAUCAACUUUUUGAUCGGAUUCGGCGGUGAAAAUGUGCAGAUUCCUGAUUGGGUUGCGUCGAUUUUCCUUUGGCUCGGAUACGUGUCGAGUACGAUCAACCCGAUUAUCUAUACAGUUUUCAACAAGCGGUUCCGUCAAGCGUUCGUGAGAAUUCUUCGAUGCCAGUGCUUCCAUCCACUCCGCGACUCUCAUCAAAUGUAUUCGCGAAACUUCACGACAACAAUUGUUCCGGAUACGUACACUUGCUCGAGGUCAAAUCAAGAACGCACGACCUCUGUUAUCACACGCGACGAGACUCGUUCAGCAAGAAGCAGUGAACGGCCGGAGCCCAGCAGAGCAAGAUCUGAAAUUUCAGAAGAGCCAGUCGCCAGAACCAAUGGAAAAUUGACUAGUGAAAAGAAGAAGAUCUCCCUCCCAUCAUUCCCCCGUGUGAGCUCAUCCCGUGAUUCGCGCGCAACGACAGAGGCAUCAACCACCGACGAGGAAACCAAGCCACUUAUCCCAAAAUCAACAGUUCCGGCAACAGUGAUCAACAUCCCCGAACAACUGAUCAACCCAAUCAAAAAGUCACUGACCACAAUAAUCAACAUGCCACUGCUGGAUGAGACAAUUCCCGAGAAAGCUCAAGUCCACCAUAAAAGCCAGACGCUUCUCACCUCAUCAACACUAAAUUUCGCAACUUUUUCAACGUGCCCACAGCAGCCGACAAGAUCCUACUCUUGCGUGGACUGCAAAAAAGCCGAGAAAAUGUUGUCUUCGGAUGUUAGUGACAUGAUGACCACUUCCACGGCGAGCACUGCGUCGACAGUCAACGGAGCUCCACGGAAACAUCUAACUCUAUUCAAUCACUUUGAUAGUGCCAUCAAGGAAACAUUCUUGUAAAUUCAAAAGCCAUGUGGCUCUUCAUAUCGUUUCCUUCUUUUAUCUCCUUGCCAAAUCAUUCCAUUUUGAAAUUUGAAUUUAUCAAUUUUAGCAUGUUUUUUUUUGGAAUUGUCUUUAAUUACUUUCAGUUUUGUGCCAAAGUGUGAAAUUUGAAAAAGUGUA